AGCGCUUCUUCGAAUCCCCUGCUGCACGAGCAAGAGGAGUCACACCGCCGAUCCCUCGUCCAUUCAUCCAACCAAAAGCCGUCGAUCAAAACCAGAGGAUUCUUCGUCGUCUCCGUAGCCGGCGCAAGCCCCUUCCAAGAGCCACACGGCCCAGCAACACAGGGGGCCUCAUACUCUCCCGCUCUCCGCCAGGCUCUGUUCCCUUCGAACCCCGUCGCCGUUCGGUCGGAGCUUAGUCCCACGACCACACAGCCCGGCAGACAGCAGUUCAUCAUUAGUCUCACCGUCGAUUUGAUUUGAGCCGCUAAGCAG